AUGGUGAAGGAAGAGGAGAUCAUGGCGGAGGCGGGAGGGAGAGGGUACAUGGACAUGCUGGGACUCGGGGACGAGGCCAUGGCCGACUACUUCCUCUGCCCGUCGCCGUCCUCCCCCUACCUCUCCUCCGCCGCCGUCUCGACCACCACCAACUCCAGCACCCACGCCGCCGCCGCUUCUCACACCUGCGCCUCGUACCUGCCUCCUCUGGCGGGCCCGUACCGCCACAUCCUCAGCUUCGGCGGCCGGGCGGAGCAGCAGUACCCCGGCGCCGGCGGCGACAUGUUCGGGGCGCUCCAGUACUACUACCACGGAGCCGGCGGCGGCCACGCGGUGCCGGUCCCGGUGGCCGUCCCGCAGAAGUCCAGCCCCACCACCGAGUGCUCCUCCUCCAUCUCCUCCAUGUCGUCCUCGCCCACCGCCACCGCCGUCUCCGCUCCCAAGCCGCAGCCGCCCAAGAAGAAGGGAUCGAGAAGCAGCGAUCAGAGGAAGGCUGCUGCUGCACCUGCCGCCGCUGCUGGAAACAAGAGGCCCAGGGUGAGGAGGGAGCGGCUGGGGGAGCGGAUCCUGGCGCUGCAGCAGCUGGUUUCUCCGUUCGGCAAGACCGACACCGCUUCCGUCCUGCACGAGGCGCUCGGCUACAUACGCUUCCUGCACGAACAGGUUCAGGUACUGAGCUCGCCGUACAUGCAGCGCCUGCCGCCCUCUGCGCCGCGCGCCCCGGAGCCACCCCGGGCGCCGAGCGACCUCCGGAGCCGCGGGCUGUGCCUGGUGCCGGUCGCCUGCACGGACCACGUCGCCGGCGGAGGCAACGGCAACGGCGCCGACGUCUGGUCGACGGUGGCGGCGAUGGGGGGUUUAGACUUUAAUUAG